GGCGUCGCCAUCUUGAAAAUCUGGAAAAGAGAACAAAAAUUAAAAUAGAAAUAAUAGCAAAUCAGUUGACUUCUUAUGAUUACUGUUCACUGAUCAGUUAGUUUACUAUGGAUAGAGACAGGUUUAUGUAUGAGCGAGGUCGAGAUAUGGGGAUGGACCGAGAAUUUGAAAUGAGAGGAAGAGGAGGAGGAGGAGGUGGAUUGCUUCCUGGUCCAGUAGACGACUUCGAAAUGGGAAGAGAAAGGGGUCCUUAUGGCCCUAGUGGAAUUUUAGGAGAGGUUCCACGAGGACGACCCUUGUUAUCUGAGCCAUCUGCUCCACCAAGUUUGAUGGGUAGAAAUGGACCUACCCCUUCUACAGUUGAUCCCCUAACAGUUGGGUUACAAGAACAGCUUAUGAAUCACAAACGACUGGAAGAGAAACUGAAUUUAAGAGAGUCACAACUUGCCCUAGCCAGUAAUCUUCUUCAACAACAGAGUCAGAUGAUAGGCGAUAUCAACACCAAGAUGGGAGCUCCUGGAUUGAUGGGGCCUGCCCCUGGACCCUUAGGUCCUCCAGGUGGCCCCUCACCAGGACGUAUUCCCUCUCUAUUAGAUGGUCCACCAGGCCCCAGACCUGGCCCACCACCAAUGAUGCCAAUGAAACGACCAAAUGAAGGAAUGAGAAUGGACAUGAAAAGAAGCAGAUUUGAUCAAGGACCUCCACCAACUGUUCAUCAAGGAAGACCUGAUUUUAUUAGGCCAGGAGGAAUAAGACGAGAGGAAUACGACCCAAAAUUUCCUACCACCGACAGGGGAUUUGGUCAGCACAUGAGAUCUCGUCAACAUGAAGAACGUAUGAGAGGAGUGGGGGAUGUAGCCAGAUCUAAUAUGGCUAGAAAUCAAGCUCAACAACAUCUUAGAUUAUUAGAGGAUGAUGAUUCAUUCUGUAAACUGUGUGUUGAACCAUUAAAAAUACCAGCUGAUAAACACAAGAAGACCAGUAUUCAUAGGAAACGAGUUGUUCAAGUGAACAUGGGAUGUAGAUGGUGUAAUGUACCAUGUUUUAAAAAUUUUAAAGAAGUUUUGAAUCAUCGAGGAACUAAACGCCAUAUGGAUAAUGAGAAGAAGAAUAAAGAUUUAGGAAGUAAAAGAUCAGAUAGUAGUGAGAGAGAUCACAGAGAUCGAGAUAGACGCAGGCAUGAUGAUGAUCGUGGACACGGCAAAGAUAAGGACAAAAAAUCAUCAACAUCAUCAUCAUUAUCAUCCAGCAAAAAAGACAGCAAAGACUCAAAAGACUCUAAGGAAUAUAAAGAUUCCAAGUCAAAUGGAACAAGUAAAAGUUCUACCAGUUCUAAACCCACAGAAAAGAAAGUUGCACCUAAACCUGAAGUUAAAGAUGAGAAAGUGCUCAAGGCUCAACUUGACGCUUCAGAGAAAGAUAUGAAAGAAAUGGAGACGGCAACUUUUGAUUCCAAAAAGCCUGUGGGACAAAGUUUGGUGAUUCCAGUAACAGGAUUUUUCUGUAAACUCUGUCAUAAGUUCUAUAAUAAUGAAGAGGCAGCCAAGGUCGGCCAUUGUAAAACUCAAGUUCAUUUUGAUAAAUUUAAGACUGCCAUGUUGGCGAAAUUAAAAAAGAAAGUAGAAGCAGACAAGAAGGCGCUCGAUGAAGCUGUUAAAGAGAAAACUGAGAAAGAGGCCAAAGAGAAGUCAAAGACGGUAGUAAAAGAAGAAUCAAAAACUGAAAUUAUUGAGAUUAAAGAUGAUGAUGAAACCGCUGAAAAGGAGGAAGUAGAGUCAGUCGAUGAGGGCAAAGCAGAAGAGGAUUCCACAGAGCAGACGACAGCUCAAAAUCAAGAUGAAACCAUGGAUCCAGACGAUACUAUGAAGACUGUCGACUUUGCAGACGUUACUGCCGAAGAAAAAAGUUUGUUGGCAGACGGUGAUGAAAACGGAACUGCAAAAAUGGAAGACGAGAAUCAAAAUGGUGAUGCAGAUCAUACUGAAGAUGACAUUGCAGAUAAUUCCGAUGCAGCCAUUAUUGGUUUGGAAGAGUCCAAUGAAGACCAAACAACAGACGACGCUCAAAAUGAAAAUGAGGCUGAAAAUGAAACUGAGAACCCUGAAAAUGAAACUGAUGAAACUAUCACAGAAGAGGCUACAGAAACAAGUGAACCUACAGAGGGAGCCACAACCAAAUCACCAAGAAGUCGAGUUCGUACUGGCAAACCUCGCGGUGGAAAAGCCAAAAGAGGCAAAAAAUAGACUGAUUUGUGUAAAUAUUCAUUGCUCUUAUCACAUGACAUCUAAAUCAUUUUCUAUUGGAUGGUUCAUUCAACAAAAGGAUGCCAGAAGUGAUACAGAUCACAAUUCUGUAAAAACCAACCAAAACUGUUAAAAUGAAUGCACGAACAGGGAAAUAUGUUCGAGGUUUUGGACCUCUGCUUCCAUUAUACAUGUAUUUCAUUUCAAUAUUUAAUCAACUUCAAAUAUGAGACUAGAGCAUGGACAUCCUUUUCUACUUUUUACUCAUAAUUCUCAGCAAUUGACAGUUUUUUGUGUUUUUCGAAAAGUUGGUACCUGUUACAGUACCGUACUAAAAUCUUGAGUUAUCCUCUUUUCAAUUGCAGUCAUUCAUUUUGAUAUAUUUCUUUUUUCUUAAAUCUGAUAUCAAAUUCCAAUUAUUUGAAUAGAAUAUUCAUAAAAUAUUUCUAUUUUGUGGUCAUUAAUUUUGUAUCAAAAGUUGAAGGGUGUAAAUUAAGCCAAAAAGUGAUUUUGAGUUUCAUAAGAAAAAAGCCCUUGCAUGUUUCAUUAUCGUCAUAUGGAAUAGAUUCAGUUAAUAAAUUAAAGACUAAAAUCUG